AUGUCCGAUCCCCCCAUCGUCUUCAAGCGCACAAAGUCUAAAGCUACUACACGUGCACGAACCAUCGAAGACCCUCCGCCAACUGCUACACCUCAAGAUGCGGCCGACGUCGAGCCUGAACCGUCCCCCGCUGCACUCGCGGCGAAGGUCAAGAACAAGGCCAAACAACGGAAUAAGCCCAAGAAGAACCUGAGCUUUGGAGCGGACGAGGAGGAAGGAGAUGGGGAAGCGUUCAAGAUCAAAAAGUCGGCGUUGAGCAAGAAGCUCAGUCUGGGACAGCACCCGGCUACCACUCAGCCGCCCUCGAACCUUAACCAAGCCAGUAUCUCGGACUCUCGCCCGGUAUACGAUGCGAAAUACCUGUCCGAGCUCCGCGCGAGCACCUCGAGCCGACCCCGACCUGUGCAAGACGAAGACGUGACGAUGUCCAUAGACCCACUCGACGGUCUCACUGAAGAGGACGCAUCGAUGAUCCCCCUCGGUAAAAUGGCGCGCUCGCUCUCAUCACCCGCGUACGAUGUUGACUCUGAACUCUCUCUAUUACUUGCAGAACCGGCAGACGAGACGCUCAUCCCGACCGAGACGUCGAUCAAGGAUGCCAAGGAGAAGAGGGAGAGGCUCAGGAAGACGGGCGCGCAGCCUGGUGGAGAGGACUUUAUCUCGCUUUCGGUCACGAAGAGGGCGGAGGAGUGGCAGGGCCCGCAUCCGGAGAGUCGCCUGAUGCGUGAGGACGACGAUUUGGGCGAGGGUGACGACGAGUUUUCUGAGUUCACUUCGGCACAGGAGCGUAUAGCGCUGGGCAAGAAGGCGAAGAAGGUUGAGGCCAGCAAGCGAAGAGAGGUCAUGUCCGAGAUGAUUGCGGACGUUGAAGACGACGAGGAGACGCAGGAAUGGGAGCUCAAGCAACGACAACGCGGGGGCUUCACUACGGCGGGCGAGGACCGCGCCACACCCGCAAAACCCGUGUACAAACCUGCACCUAUCCCACCACCUACCCCGAUACCAACCCUCGACGCAGCAAUGUCCCGCCUCUCCCAAACAAUGUCCGCCCUAACGACCUCGCACGCCCAAAACACCUCCACCCUCACCUCCCUCUCCGACGAACAAACGCGCCUCGAACAGCGCGAAGCCGAGCUGCGCGAUAUCGUCGCGCGCGCGGAAGAGAAGCGGAGCUGGUUCGCGUCGUUCAGGGAGUGGAUGGAGAACGUCGCCACGUUUUUGGACGAGAAGUAUCCGCGGUUAGAGAAAGUCGAGGAGGAGUACCUCUCCAUCCUGCGCGAGCGCCGCGAUAUGGUCGCGCAGCGUCGACGGACGGACGACGCGGAUGAUCUGACGGCGUUCCUCGGCGCACUACCUGUGGCGGCGCAUACGGAGCCGGAAGAGUUGGACGAGCUCGGGCGCAUCAUUCCCAAGGCGAACCCCGCGGCCGCCCGACGUGAUCGGCGCGAAGCGCGGGCUGCGCGACGCACGAAGCGUCAACAAGCGCCCAACCGACGCGUCGAGAAUGACGAAGGAUAUUCGACAGACGCGUCCCUCCCGCCCUCUGAUGCAUCUGAUUACCGCGCCGCCAUGGCAUCACUCGCUGAGAAACGCGAUGAUAUCCUCGCGGAUGUGCGCGCGGACGAGUUCAGGGAUCCCAGUAAGGGCCUGAGCAAGUGGUUCGGGGAGUGGAGGGAGAAGUACAGGGACGUGUAUGCGGGCGCUUGGGGUGGGCUUGGGCUCGUGGGCGCUUGGGAGUUCUGGGUGCGAUUGGAGAUCGUUGGAUGGAGUCCCUUCGACAGCUCGAAAGGCCUGGACGACUUCAAAUGGUACGCCCAACUCCACGAAUACUCCCAAGCCGGCGCAUCACCCUCCGACGAAUCCGAAAACGUCGACGGCGGCGAUCUGGCGACGUCUAUGAUCACCACGGCGGUUAUACCGCGUAUCGCGAAGGUGAUCGAGAACGGAGGGUUCGAUCCGUGGUCGGCGAGGCAUGUGCGGAGGGCGGCCGAGCUGGCGGAGGAGCUGGAGAUGAGCAUGAGUAAGAUGGAUUUGAAGUUUCAGAUGUACCUCAAGGCUAUCGUAUCCGUCUUCCAAACGGCCGUCGAAGACACGAUCACCUCUCAGCAUGCGCACCUCGAUCUCAACGAAUCGCAGUUCAACACUGACGCGAUACCCGCCCGACGUCGAUUACUCGCGCAUCAUCGGAAGUUAGUCGCGAACAUCCUGCGGUGGCGGAAGUACUCUGGUCCGCUGUUCGGUGUUGAUCAGUUGUUGGAGAGGUUGGUAGGUGAGGCGAUGUUGCCGGUUGCGGAGAGUGGGUGGGAUGUUGGCGGUGAGGAGGCUAUGCGUGAGACAUCGAAGCUCUUUCCGGCAGGCGCUGUACCGGCGUCUCUCCGCGAUCGCCUCCAAUAG